AUGACCGAUCGAAAGAGGGCCAUGCCAUUUACUACAAGCAGUAGUGCUGAGAAAAAGAGGCCUUUUUCUAGUCCGGAGAAAGGCAAGGGAAUAAUGAUUGGAGGACAGAAGCCGUCCUUUUAUUCACCAUGCCCUAAGUGUGGUAAGCUUCAUUCUGGAGAAUGUUACAAGGGAUAUGGAGUCUGUUACCGAUGUGGAAAAUCAGGACAUAUGAUUAGAGAUUGUCCUAACGCCAAACAAGGUAGUGGAGCUGGUGAUCGCAAGCCAAGGCCCCACAUCCCGGCACGAGUGUAUGCAGUAACACCCGGUAAUUUUGAUGUUGACGCACCUGAAACUGAUGAAGCUGGCGUCAUGACUGUAUUAAUUCCCGAUGGGAAUACAGUAUCUUGUACCCGUUUAGUUAAUGAUUGUCCGUUAGAGCUAGAAGGAAGGACACUGAAGGCUAACUUGUUAGUAUUCGGUCAGAUGGAAUUCGACCUGAUUUUGGGGAUGGACUGGCUUUUCAAGCACUACGCUAGGAUAGACUGUCGGAAAUGA